GUUCGUUUUUGAUGAACCCGUCCGGCGGAGCCCAGGCGUCGGCGGGCGCGGCGACGGCGGUGUCCGCCGUCGGGUACCACCAACUGCACCACCAGCACCACGCGCCGCACCAACCGCAGCACCAGCAGCUGGCGCCGCAGCCGCAGCAGCUGCUGGUCGACCCCAAGUUCCCGCCCAGCGAGGAGUACAGCCAGAGCAACUACAUCCCGGCCGACUUCUUCGGCAGCGCCGCGGCGCAGUACCAGGCGUACCACCACCACCACCACCAGCACCACCACCACGAGCACGACCACCACCACCAGCACCACCACCAGCACCAGCAGCAGCACCACCAUGUCCACCAGGCGCACCACCACCACUACGCGGCGGCGACGCCGGUCGCCGUCACCGCCAACGGCUACGGCCCCGGGGGCGGCGCCGGGGGCAGCUACUAUUACCCGCCGCCCCCGGACAUGGCGAGCCCGCAGCAGCCGUGCGGCCCGCAUCCUCCCCCGCAGCCGCUGACGCCCGCCAACAGCGGCGGCGGCACGCCGAGCCCGCCGCCGCCGCCUCCGCCGCCCCCGCAGGCGGCCCAGCCGCCCCCGGGGGCGGCGGUGACCGCCGCGCCACCCCAGCCGCAGCAGCAGGGGCCGCCGAGCGGGGCGGAUAACCUGGAAGACGACCCAGAGGAGGAGGAGGCGGAAGAGGCGGAACCGGACGACAGCUCGGGGUCCGGGGAGCGGAUCAUCUACCCGUGGAUGAAGAAGAUCCACGUCGCUGGAGUCGCGAACGGGUCGUACCAGCCGGGCAUGGAGCCGAAGCGCCAGCGCACGGCCUACACGCGCCACCAGAUCCUGGAGCUGGAGAAGGAGUUCCACUACAACCGCUACCUGACGCGCCGGCGGCGCAUCGAGAUCGCGCACACGCUGGUGCUGUCCGAGCGACAGAUCAAGAUCUGGUUCCAGAACCGCCGCAUGAAGUGGAAGAAGGACAACAAGCUGCCAAACACCAAGAACGUCCGCCGCAAGACGAACCCGGCGGGCGCGCCCGUUGCCGCCGCCUCCGGGGGCAAGGGGAGCAAGUCGAGGGCCAAGGACGCCGGGGGCGGGGGAGGCGGGGGCGGAGGCGGCGCCGCCGUCACCGCCAGCGCCAAGAGGACGGCCAACAGGACAGGACUGCAGCUCUUCUCGGGCGACCGUAAGACGCCGGGAGCCGCUAGACGCCACAGCGGCGUCUGCUCCGAGGGUACGGCGUCUGGGACGCAGCGGGCGAGGCCCGGGAAUCUGGUUGGCUGCCCGGCAGGCGUGGGGGCGGAUCUGGACGGCCGGGACUGUGGGGGCGGUGCGGGCGGCGGCGGUGGCGGCGUGGGUGCCGCCGCCCUCCCGCCGAGACGGAAAGCUGCUGGGUACGGGUACAGGAGAGAUUCCCGGACUGAAUGGACCGCACUGCAGGCUCUAUAG